CUUGGAAAAAAUGGAAAAAAAGGCAGCAAGCCAAGAGACUGAGCCACUGACUUCCAAGAAAGAUGUCUCAGACUGUAACAAAGGAGAAGAUUGUAAAGAAAAUGGACUUCUGGUCAGGAACCCUAAAUCUGCCCUACGGCUGGUGGAGGAUGGCAACAAAGUCCACCCCAGCCAGGGGGAGAAAGGGGAGGCAGCUCAGAUCUCAAAUGGUUAUUCAGGGGUUCAGAGCUCAGGUCCCUGCAAUGGCAUGGGGGAGGUGGAAGAUGCCCAGUGCACUGCCCCAGCAGCCACAACCACCACCACAACCACCACAUCCACCACCUGUGGAGCUGAAGGUCAGCAGCAGCUGAUGGAGUUGGAAGACAGAGAGACCUGGAGUAAAAAAAUUGACUUUCUCCUCUCUGUCAUUGGCUAUGCAGUGGAUCUGGGAAAUGUGUGGAGAGAAGAGUUACAAUCAUCUGCUUUCUCUCUUGCAGGAGCAUUCCUCAUUCCUUACAUAAUCAUGGCCAUCUUUGGAGGGAUUCCUCUCUUCUAUAUGGAACUAGCACUAGGACAGUACCACAGGAAUGGGUGUAUUUCCAUUUGGAGAAAAAUAUGUCCUAUAUUCAAAGGAAUUGGCUUUGCCAUCUGUAUAAUAGAUCUUUACGUAGCCUCCUACUACAACACCAUCAUGGCUUGGGCCUUUUACUACCUCAUCUCCUCCUUCACGGCGGAGCUGCCAUGGACCAGCUGCACAAACCCCUGGAACACAGGCAACUGCACCAACUACUUCAGCAAGGACAAUGUCAGCUGGUCUGUGCACUCCAUCUCUCCUGCAGAAGAAUUUUAUACCCGCCAAGUUCUGCAGGUGCACAGGUCUGAUGGGCUGGAGGACCUGGGGGGCAUCAGUUGGCAACUGACCCUCUGUCUAUUGUUAAUCUUCACCAUUGUGUACUUCAGCAUCUGGAAAGGGGUCAAAACAUCUGGCAAGGUGGUGUGGGUGACUGCCACAUUCCCUUACAUCAUCCUCUUCAUCCUGCUAGUGAGAGGUGCAACUUUGCCUGGGGCUUGGAGAGGUGUCCUCUACUACUUGAAACCUGACUGGCAGAAACUCCUGGCCACUGAGGUUUGGGUGGAUGCAGCAGCUCAGAUUUUCUUCUCCUUGGGACCAGGUUUUGGGGUCUUGUUGGCUUAUGCCAGCUACAACAAAUUCCAUAACAACUGCUACCAAGAUGCUCUGGUUACCAGUACUGUGAACUGCUUGACCAGUUUUGUGUCUGGAUUUGUCAUCUUCACUGUGCUGGGAUACAUGGCUGAGAUGAGGAACGAAGAUGUGUCAGAGGUUGCCAAAGACACUGGGCCCAGCCUGCUGUUCAUCACGUACGCCGAGGCCAUCGCCAACAUGCCUGCGUCCACCUUCUUUGCCAUCAUCUUCUUCCUCAUGCUGCUCACACUGGGACUAGACAGCACAUUUGCAGGACUAGAGGGAGUGAUUACUGGAGUACUGGAUGAAUUCCCAAACGUCUGGGGCAAACGCAGGGAAGUGUUUGUGCUUGGUCUGACCAUCGUUUGCUUCUUGGGGUCACUGGCAACUCUGACAUUUGGAGGAGCAUAUGUGGUAAAGCUGUUUGAAGAAUAUGCCACUGGCCCAGCUGUCCUGACUGUUGUGUUCCUGGAAGCAGUUGCUGUGUCCUGGUUCUAUGGCAUCACCCAGUUCUGCAACGAUGUGAAAGAAAUGUUGGGCUCUGCCCCAGGCUGGUACUGGCGAGUUUGCUGGGUUGCAAUCAGUCCCCUCUUCCUUCUGUUUGUCACUUGCAGCUUUCUGUCCAGCCCUCCCGAGCUGCGGCUCUUCGACUACGAUUAUCCCUACUGGACCACAGUGGUGGGUUAUUGCAUAGGAACCUCCUCCAUCAUUUUCAUCCCAAUCUACAUGGCUUACAGGAUGAUCAUCACCCCAGGAACACUUAAGGAGCGUAUUCUGAAGAGCAUUACUCCAGAAACAGCCACAGAAAUUCCCUUCGGAGACAUCCGCAUGAACGCAGUAUAA